AUGAAACUGAUCAUCGAAGAUGAUGCUGAUCAGGCUUCCACCUUUGCCGCUCGAUAUGUGAUGAAGAAAAUUAAUGAAUAUGGCUGUAACGAGAACCGUCAUUUCGUUUUGGGCUUACCCACAGGACUUGUUUCUUUCAAAUAUGUGAUCACAUUCAAUAUGGACGAGUAUGUAGGACUACCUGAAGAUCAUCCAGAGUCAUACCACUCGUUCAUGAUCAACAACUUCUUCCGGUUUAUCGAUAUUCACCCGAAGAAUGCUCAUAUUCUAAAUGGAAAUGCUCCUGAUUUGACGGAAGAAUGUAACAAGUUUGAAGAGAGAAUAGUUGAGUGUGGAGGGAUCAACCUCUUCGUUGGAGGUAUUGGACCAGACGGCCACAUAGCUUUCAAUGAGCCAGGAAGUUCUUUGGCAUCUCGUACAAGAAUCAAAACUUUGAAUGCUGAUACCAUACAGGCAAACGCCCGAUUCUUCGGAGGAGAUGUCAAGAAGGUGCCAACACAAGCUCUCACAGUUGGUGUACAGACUGUCCUGGAUGCUAAAGAAGUAAUGAUCCUCAUAUUCGGUGCUCACAAAGCAUUUGCUCUGCAUAAGGCAAUCGAAUGUGGAAUCAGUCAUAUGUGGACAGUAAGCGCUUUCCAACAACAUCCUCAAGCGAUGUUCAUCGCAGAUGAAGACGCGACAUUAGAAUUGAAGGUAAAAACUGUCAAAUAUUUUAAAGGAAUUAUGGAUCAUCAUAGAAAACUCGUGCUUUGA